AUGUCGAAAGGCAAAGGAAAAGAGAUCGCCACCAAGCCGGAUUGGAAGGAGCAACUGGCCAUGCUAGACCAAGAAUUGGGCUGGGAUGAGCAAGAGGGCUCGGACUGGGCGGACAGUUGCGAACCGGAGGAACAAGAAGUAUUUAACCCAAACCGACCACUCCGAAGCGAGAAUGACAAGAAGAACAUUGCUAAAACUUUGCAGUCAACUGAGAAGAAUCAUGGAGCCUACUCCCAGGCCAAGCAAGAAGUUUCCUCAGGCGCCGUCACGACCGACUGCGACUACACCCCAUGUCAUGACUCACAACAACAAUUCGGAAAUGGCAGGAAUCACGCACAUUACGAACCAUCAGACUCCAUAGAAGAUGACGAGGUCAUGUCGGCGGACAUGCAGAAGACCCUUUGGGAGGCAGCUGUGGAGGAGACUAGGUCUGCCGUCUGCGUGGACACCAGCACCGACGCUCUCUAUGACUACGAGCAGGAGGAGGAUGUUGAUACGGCAUCAAAACAACGAGAAGAAGAAGAAGACCUAUCUGAACAGCAAGAAGAACAAGACGAAGAACAUUUCCAGCCAAAGAGCAGGUUGGAAGCCUACAUCUACCACCGCUUCGGUCCGGAUAUCAACUACGAGAACCGCUGCUCGUGCCACGAGCGCCUCUACGACUUCAGUGAGGAGCAAAACAAGCGCACGAGGGAGUACUUCGCCCAGGCCGGUGGAUCGAACCUGAUCAAGGACCCCUGCGUCCUGCUGCCAUAUCCGCAGGAUGACCUCCCCGGCACGGAGAACGUCGACAAGCCGGUGCUGAUGGUCACUACGCCCGAGGGCGAGACGCUGUACCCGCACGACAUGGAGGAGUACCCAGAGCCGCCGGCGGCUUCGUGGCAUGGGCCCAGGAUCGGAUGGGGAGGAGCUCCUACCCAGGGGGGGCAUGUGGUACCGUACGAGGAUGAGGAUGGCGCAGAUAUUUGA